AUGGCUCUUGUUAAACGGGGAGUUCAGGUGCACUCUACACAAUGCAGUGCUUGUAUUUCCGGAUUGGAAUCCACUGAUCACCUGUUUCUGCGUUGCCCGUUUGCUGUUGAUCUCUGGAACCGGCUUUGGAAUUGGUGUGGAAUCACACCAAUGAUAUUUUCUAGUAUCAAGGAGAUGCUAAAUUAUAUUGCAACGACUGGACAAUGUCCAAAACGCAGAACAACAUUACUUUCAAUCAUUUGUGGUGCUCUAUGGGGUAUGUGGCGAGCAAGGAUCGAUAGAAUCUUCAAUUCCAAAUUAAAUUCCCCAGAAUUGGUGUUUGAAGGAGUUAGAGCUUUGGUUCAUGCUUGGAUUAAACAUAGACAUAGGAAAGGAAACUUUGUUUGGGGGAAUGGCUUAAAUCUCCUUUCUACUUUAUGUAAUCUUUGA